CAGUUUAAUGCACAUGCAAGUCCUAGUCAGUUAAAGUCUUAAAGUUGAAUGGUUAUAUAAUCACCCAUAAACAUGCCAGUAUUUAUAUCACAGUUCUGUGCUCUCACGUACAAGAAUGUAAAACAUUACCAAUAUUCAAUUGUGACCACCUUGAUAGAGAUAGGUUUAACCUUGAUUAUAGGGAAAUUGAUGUCACUUGGUAUAAGUAAGAUGGACACUACUGCCUCAAUAGUGAAUGAUAUUGAAAGCCUUAUAAAGCCUGAAGUGAUUUAUAUGCCCAACACAAACAACUUCAAGGAACUUUUUAACAAGGGACAGAUUUCUUCUAGCACUACAGUUAAAGCUACACCAGUUGAUAGUUUAUCGCAAAUGGAGAAGUCUUAUAACAUUUGGGAAAAUGUUCAAACUUGGAAGCAGGAAAAGCAUGUUAUUAUGUUUGAACAACCAGAAAGUUCUGCUGACAAGGUUCCAGCCAAAUUAGAUUUCAAGGUUGUUUUGUUUGAGCCAGUUCCAGCUUCCAAAACUUUAAACCGAAGCUUUGAUUUUACCCAGGCUGGUCUAACUUCAGCACAGUUGCUAGUAACUAAAUCAUAUUUGAAUUAUUGGAAGCAAGAAAAACACAUGCUAUACAAUACAGAUUUUUCUAUCAAAACUCAAAAGAUUCCUGACACAAUAAUGGAUGUGUGUGAAAAAAACUUAAUCUAUCUACCAGCAAUCUUUGUGGUGUUCACUAUAGUUUCUACCAUAUAUAUAGCUGAAGAGAAAAACACCAAUAUUAAAGAUACACUGAAAGAUAUGGGAGUGAGUCAACUCAUCUACUGGAUUUCAUGGUUUUUUGAUCGGAUGGCUAUUGGCCUUGUGCUAACCUCCUUUGUUGUUGCGCACUGGCUGUCUACAUUGGACAGUGUAUUUGUCCAGCAUGUGUCAAAAGCAUAUUUCAUUAUUUGGUUUCUGCUCAUGGUGAUUAACAAUUUGACCUUAGCAUUUGUCUUGGCAUGUCUACUCCCAGGUAAAUUUAUUGUGCCGUUAACCAUGAUCACCUAUGGUAUGCUGAAUGCUCUUUCUUAUACCUUAAUCCCGGUGAAAGUAACUUUCAUCAAAAUCAUGGCUGGUCUCUUACUGUUUUCUCAUGGAAAUAGGAUUUGUGUUGGUGCUAUCUUUACCAAGGAAAUUUUGUAUGGUAAUGUAAAAGAUAGUGCAAAUGUUGACAAGCAGUUUCUGGAGGGAGCUCUGUACAUAAUUCUCAACAGUGUUUUCAAUUGUUUCAUUGUCUUUGCAGUGGAAACCAUUUCUAAUAUAAAGAAAUACAGAACAAAUUCUAAAAACAUGGAGAAAAGCAAGAGCCAAUCUCAGAAUGAGAAACUUUUUGAAGCUGUAGCUGGCAGUCAAAAUGCAGGAAUUGUCAUUCAAGAUCUUGUAAAGGUGUAUGGGGAUGACACAGUUGUGUCUGGUAUCAACUUAGAUAUCUACAAGGACCAAAUCACUAUGUUGUUGGGUCACAAUGGUGCUGGAAAAUCAACUGUAUUAUCAAUGGUCAUGGCUGUGUGGCUAUAA